GCGUUGACGUCGGUUGCCCGACAAGGAUUUCCCAGUUUCCUUUAAGCCGCUCUUGCGUGAUUGUCUUGUCUUCGUCGCGCGUCGUGCGUCCUAUACCGAUUAUUAGUUUCCUCCUCUUCCCCCCUCCCCAGGUUUUCGAGCGCGCACGGGAUCCGUUGAUACGGUGUUGAGAGAAGCCGCACAGGUAUACACAUCAGCAAACCCUCGUGUCGUCUUUGUUGCCCGUCAUCGUCGCUCUCGUCGCAGCGCCCCGAGUGCUCCGAUUCAAAUACGACAUAUCGGCCGUGAGGUGCAGUCAAGGAUGGCGUUCAACGGAGAUGGUCCGCACUCGAAGCGACAACGGCUCGAGGAAUCUGGACACAGGAAUCACGAGUAUGGCGGAUACGGAGAUGAGCCACGUCGCAAAAGAGAAGACAAUAACAAACCGAAUCACGUCCUUCUAUUCACAAUCAUCAAUCCAGUUUAUCCUAUUACUGUGGAAGUGUUACACACGAUCAGCGCGCCCAGCGGACAGGUCCAGCGUAUCGUGAUCUUCAAGAAAAACGGCGUGCAAGCCAUGGUCGAGUUCGAUUCGAUAGAAUCAGCAACCAGAGCAAAGGAGACGCUACAUGGAGCGGAUAUAUAUUCUGGAUGCUGCACACUGAAAAUCGACUAUGCAAAACCUACAAAGCUCAACGUCUACAAGAACGAUUCCGAGAGUUGGGACUACACGACACCGUCGUUGGGUUCCACGCCACAGGUCACUUUCCCGCCGGGCGCCGGUCACGAUCGUUAUGAGGAGAACUUCAACGGGCCGGCGACGUACGCGGAGCCGUAUGUCGAACGUUACGGCAUCAAGAGCGACUUCAGCGGACGAGAACCUCUACAUCCCACACCACCACGGCCGGGUUACGUGCCCACCCUGGGUCAAACACCGCCUAGCAGCACGCAGGGCUCGGUCAUGAUGGUGUACGGUUUGCAGCCAGACAAAGUCAAUACGGACAAGCUCUUCAACCUGUUCUGCCUAUAUGGCAACGUGACGAAGGUUAAAUUCUUGAAGACGAAGGAAGGAUGCGCUAUGAUCCAGAUGGGCGACAGUAUAGCCGUGGAACGAUGUUUACAAAAUUUGAACAACGUCACGAUCGGAACGGACGGCAGGUUGCAGCUCGGUUUUUCGAAGCAAGCCUUUCUUUCGGACGUCACCAACCCUUACGUCCUACCCGACAAGACUGCGAGCUUUAAGGACUUCACGGGAAGCAAGAAUAACAGAUUUUUGAAUCCCGCAAUGGCCAAUAAGAACAGGAUACAACCACCGUCAAAGAUAGUCCAUUUCUUCAACACCCCGCCUGAUCUGACCGAGGAGACAGUGAAUCGUGUGUUUGUAGAGCGCGGCAUCGAAGCGCCCACGACGGUUAAGCUGUUUCCACUUAAAUCCGAACGAUCGUCGUCCGGCCUGAUCGAGUUUAGCAGCGUCGGUGUCGCGGUGGCCGCUAUCAUGGAGUGCAAUCACACAGCACUCGAAAACAGCAAUGGCAAAUUUCCCUAUAUCAUGAAGCUAUGUUUCUCGUCAUCGCGCACCAUACCCACGAGCUUCCCGCCCAGCAGCGGCAGCGCGUCGAGCAAUUCCGCCGGUAAUGGCCACGUCAAAAUGCAGCAGGACUCGGAAUAGAACGGCGAGGUACAGGGCCAGCAGCGUCAGCGUCAG